GGGGCCCGCCAUGGCUGGUGCGUUUCGAGAGCAUCGCCGAUGAUGAUCUAGCCAAGAGCGCCGCCAGCCCGAAGUCGAUCCUGAAGGGCUCCCAGACCACCCAGCCCACCACUGAGGGCCAGGAUCUAGUGGCUUCGUUGAAGGCCGCUAUCGCGCAGACGUCUGAUGUGCAGAUGAAGGCUGUCUUGACGGCGGAGCUGGCCAAGGUUGAGGCGGCGCAGCCCCCGCAGCAGGUCGCGUCGCCAGCUGGCGAG